AUUUACAAAACAAUAUAGAAAGAGGACGUGUGUCAAUUCCAAUUCAAAGUUUAUAAUUCAAGAGUGAACCAUAAAUAUUUUGAAAUAUGUGUUUGAUGAUGUGUUUUUGUCGUACUCGUUGUACUAGUUUUGUAUGGAUAAAAUUGUACUUUUGGUCAAUAUAACCAUUAUAAAGUUUGACUAAGUUAUAUGCUUAUUGGGCUUUUAUUUUGGGAAAAUUGAAAAAAAAAGACACUUUCAACUUAGAUUUGUCUCUCUAAAACUUUAGCUACAUCUUUUGUCAUAUUAGGAUUUUAAUUUCCAUAAAUACCAUUAUACCCUCAAAUUAAUCUAAAUUAUAUUAUAUUUAUUAUAUUUAGAUAUUUCAAUUAGAUUUCUUAAUAUAAUUUUAUAAAAUAAAAAGGCUAGAAUAGAUAAAAGGUAUCCGUAGACCUAAAUACCCUCUUGUCUUCUCCGCCUAUCUCCUUCCUCUCUUCAAUGGUGAUUCACCAUUCUUCAUCGGCUAGAACUCAUAGUCUCAUAUCUAUGUUUCUUCUUUUCUAUUUAUUCUUCUCGUUUUACCCUAAUUUGUUUUUCACUUUAUUCCUCUUCUCCUCCCUACCUUCAACAUGUAUCAAUGGCGAUUUAGGACACAAUCAACAAAAAAGGUAAUUGACAUGAAGCUUCGAAAAGAGGAAGCAAGACGAAAGAAAGGCAAUAAACAGAAUGAGUCAAAACAAAUAUCUAGAAAAUCCAAAUCUGUGCCUGCUUCAGAUGCCAGUGCCGAGUUACCAGCAUCAAUACAAAAACGUCAAGGGGAGAAUAACCAGACAAACAUGAGUGAAAAGUUCAAUCCUAACGAAGAUGCAGCACUGAAGAGUGUUAUGAUGAGGGGUUUGAAUCGGUCUCCUCCUCUAAGUAAAGAACUGAUGAUGCAACGGUCUUUUGUUCAACGUGAAUCAGCCCAGUUGACAAAGUUUGCCAGAGAUGCAUCACAUUUUUCUAUAGCGAAUCAACGGUGGUUUAAUUAAUAACAAAAAGAUGGUGAUGGGCCACCACGUUUUUCUGGUUAAACCCAAAGAUUUUACAAAAGAGAGAAUCCACUGGUGAGAACAUCUUAACCAUAACUGUCUUUGUUUUGCAGUGAAACUUUUGUGGGCUAAUCAAUUUCUUUUUUUCUUUGCCAUGUGUUAGGGUGACAGUGAAAAAACAGAGAGAAUAAACAUCUCAUGGUCAUUAACUACCGCAGGAGGAAACUUAGAUGUAAUGCUAAAAGAACAUGAAAGACACAUUCUGUUAGCUGUUUGAGUGGAUAAGAAGACUAAUAGGGACAGGCUCAAGCGUCUCUUGCUGCAAAUGGCAUCAGACAAUAAUCUUUUAGGACUAAUCAGAAGGAAAAAAAAGUUUGAGGUUUCACAACUUAGAGUCAGUUGAUCUUUUGGUGAGGUCUUGUGUAUAGUUGAAAGCUAAAAUUGUGAAAAGAAGAAAUCAACAGAGGCAAAGAAGAAAAAAGAACUUCAACCACCAUUAAACCCGAGAAACUUUAAUGUUAACUUUUUUUUGUAUUCUCGUCUGAUUUGCAAUUGUUUCUUAGAGAUUUAAUUUUGAAAAGAUAUUGAAAUUCAAGAACAUGAUUACUGAUCUCAAACCCUGAAAAUGAGCCAAUGAAAAUCUCUAUUAUGAUUACGAUAUGUUGAAGUUCCUAAGCGAUUUGUUUGUACUCUUAUGGGCUGUCCUACCAAAAUAGAGAAGAUAUCACUAGAGACUCUAUACACCAGAUUUAACAUAGAUUAGAACCAUGCCUUAUUGAUAGAGAGAAGAGAUGAUUAUGUCGACGAAGAAGAGAAAAACACAAAGAACGAAAAGAAAAAUAUGUGGGAGGAGGAAAAAAACGUGGGAGCAAAUAUUCUAUGAGAGAUUUAGGGUAGAUUUAGUUUAGAUUUAGAAAAUAUCUUUAACCGAAUAUGGAAGUUUCCAUAUUUUCCGGAUUUGCCUUGAAUAUAUAUCCUAGCUUACGCAGAACACAGUAGAGUAGAUGAGAAACAUAUUCUUCCUUAAGCGCCACAUAAGAUAAAAGGCAGAACAUGUUAUGUCACAAAAUAUAGAUAAGGUAUAUCAUUGCGUUGUGGCUAUAUGUCGUUAUAAAGCUGUAGGUAUACUGAAGAUAUCUUUCUUGAUUAUAACGUUUCGAAAUAUAGCUGUGUUAGAAUAUAUAAGAAAGGCUAGUUUAAGUUGUAUACCUAGGAUAUAUCUAUGUAUAAAACUUAGUAUCCGAUUUCUAGACUAAGUAGAUGGCCAGAAUGAGUAUUCUAACUGUAGAUAGAAGAUAAAAUAAAAUAUGAUUCUACUUUAAAA